AUGGGUUUCAGUGUCUCGAGCGCGGCCACUGCGCCGCCCAGCCGUGUCUUACGGGCCUGCGCCUGUGUCGAAGGCUGCCCCAUGGCUCUGGCGAGGAGAGCAGCAUCUAGGCUGCUGCAGGGCCCAUUGCGCUGUGGCGAGGCGCAUCGCCAUCUGCUGCCGGCCUCUGCGGUGGCUGCAGGUCUAUGCUUGGCGCUGACCAUGCCCACACGCAAGACCACGGGCAUGGCCGUGAGCCAAGAUGAACUCAAGAAGCAGGUUGGUUACAAGGCUGUUGAUGACUAUGUCCGGAGCGGAAUGGUGGUUGGCCUUGGCACGGGCUCGACUGCGUACUUUGCCGUGGAGCGUGUGGGGCAGAAGCUGGCAUCUGGCGAGCUGAAGGAUAUCGUGGCGGUGCCCACAUCCAAGCGAACGCAGGAGCAGGCGGCUUCACUGGGCAUCAAGCUGGCCACGCUGGACACACAGCCGAGCCUGGAUGUUGCAAUCGACGGCGCGGACUCAGUGGAUCGCACCCUAAACCUGGUGAAGGGCGGAGGUGGUGCACACUUCCGGGAGAAGAUCGUCGAGGCCACUGCCAAGACCUUUGUGGUCAUUGUUGAUGAGUCCAAGCUUUGCGACAGCCUAGGCCCCCACUUCCCCGUGCCCGUGGAGGUGGUGCCGUUUUGCCACGAGCACACUGCCAGGAUCAUCAAGGCUUUGCCAGCGCUAGAAGGCUGUGAGCCUGUUCUUCGAUUGGGCUCGGCAGCGAACAACAAGCGCGACGGGGACCAACCGGCCGUCACAGACAACGGAAACUAUAUCCUGGACCUGCAAUUCACAAAGCCCAUCAAGGACCCCCGGGCUGCUGCACGGCAGCUGAAGAGCACGAUUGGGGUGGUGGAGCACGGAUUCUUCACCGACAUGGCCUCGGUCGUCCUGGUCGCGGGCAAGGAGGGCAUUUAUGAGCGCAAGCCUCCGAGAUGGAGAUUGUUUAGCAGGUUGUGA